AUGCGUCUCGCGUUGGCUCUUCUGGUGCUGAUCGCCCUGAUCGUGGUGGCCUCUCAGGCUCAAAACAAGCAGAGACGCUCCCAGGCCAGGGCCUUGAGCCGUGCCACGCCUCGUCAGGCGCGUGCCAGGGCAAGCAGCAGUGUCAGGGCCGGCACCAGCAAUGUGCGCCGGCGAUCGGUGAGCGGACGUCGCGCCAGGGCAACAGGAAACACCCAAGGCAAAUCGGUGAUAAUCAUCAACGGCUCCAACGGCUCCAGCAGCAGCAGCAGUAGCAGUAGCAGUAGCAGCUCCACGCCCUCCUCCCGCUGUGUGAGCACCACCAGCAGCUGCUUUGCCACCUCCCACGUCUGCGGGCGGUGGAGCAGGACACGCCGGUGCCACCGGUUCAAGAACCGCUGCCUACUGGAGCGAGCCAAUUGCCGGACAAGUGUCUCGAGUUGGAAUGUGGUCAAUCUGGGCAAUUGUACGAGUAUUACGGUCAAUCAGACGGGAACCUGCAUCAGCACUUUCUCCUCAUCUUCGUCCUCGUCUUCGAGCUCAGCGUCUACUGGUGGCUGGGCCAGCAUUCUGUCGUCUAUUUUGGGCUCCUCAUCUUCGUCGUCGAGCAUAACGCCCAUAAUUAUAAGAACGGGUUAG